AUGGGUAGAUCUACAGGUUCUGUGCCUAAUACCUCUCGUCAAGCGAAUAAGUCAUCAAAGGCCACAUCGGGUGCCAGCCAUGAGUCCAGCCUCAGACCCAGGGGUGGUAUUCAUAAAAAACCUGUCAAAAAGCGGAACAAGAAGAUACCGAACGAUGCUUCUACCCGGGGUGGAAAUGCGAUGGUCGGUGAUCCGCUUCCUGCUGAGCCCACGCCUAAAGUAAAGAGGCUUGAACAGAAAGAAGCUUGGGAAAUGCCAGCCGAGAAACGUGCGCGAAGAUUUCGGGAUCAUCCUCCUCAAUCGUUCUUGGGGAAGUUGGACAUGAUCAGCAAGCAACGGAUGUAUGUGGUUAGCCAGAAAGCUAGCGGGGCCGACGACGACCUUACGCUGUCAUUUGACAUCGUGGGGAGUACAGGAAAUUUGUACCAUGUCACCAUCAAGAAGGAACCCGAAUGCGACUGCCCCGAUGGAAAGCGAGGCAAUUUCUGCAAACACAUUAUCUACAUUCUUGUCUUCGCCCUCAAGGCCCCCGAUCACCUGCAGUACCAGCUUGCUUUCUUGUCCUCUGAAAUUUGCCAAAUAUAUGAGGGUUCCCCAAUGAAACAAUCUCAAGCUCCUGAGUCCAGAAAGCAUGAUGGAAAGCGUAAGCCCGUCGAGGGCGAUUGCCCAAUCUGCUUUAUGGAAUUCGAGCCGAAUGAGAAGCUCGUCUGGUGCCAGGCUGCCUGCGGAAACAACAUCCACAAAACUUGUUUCCAACAAUGGUGCGCCACAUCUGCCUCGCGGAGUACGGGCGUGCGCUGCGUAUACUGUCGCACAACGUGGAAGUUCGAGACUGGAUCUACCGACUUCAAUAUGGACGCCAUUCGAGCUCAAGGCAAACGCAACAGCGAGGGUUAUCACAAUAUAGCAGCGCAAUUUGGCCUCUCAACUGAACGUGGUAUGGAUCUAUCUCUGUUUUUCUACCCUCUUAUUCUGAUUUCGUUGACUUACUGA